AUGAUUGAUGUAGAGGUGGCCAUAUCAGAAGAAAAAUGUGUGGAGUGUGCAAAUCCUUUCCAAUUUUGGAAGCUGUAUCCAUGUCCACCUCACCAAACACCUUUGGUGUGUGACACCAUAAUAGAUCCACACAACACCUUGAUGAAUUGGUUCCUGAAUGAAUGGGAACCAACUGCUCCCCCAGCAGAUGAUAUGAGGGAACCAAUGCCUCCCCCACUCAUUUCAAAUGUACCCAUCAAAUCUUUUGACUUGGCAGCAGAUGAGGACAAUGGCACAAACUGUUUGACUUUUGGCAUGCCCAAACGAUCAGAGAUGAGGGAUCUUUUCAAAGAAAUAUACAACAGUGAACUUCCAUCCACACAGCAAUCUCUUCAAAUGGAACAAUGGGGAUUGGCACCUGUUCUGCAUUGUGAUCAAGUAUCUCACUACCAUGGAAACACCACUCCCAGUGACAUGCUGUUCAAUCCCACCCUCAAUAGGCACCUUGUGCAGGCUGCAAAUGUCAUUGUGAGAGAAUUGUGCACAGCUGCAAGGGACCAGUAUGGUGCAGCCUCUCAGGGCCUUUCACUUGUCAAUAUGCUCAAUUUGAUGGAAGUCAUUCAUUAUCCAUGUUCUGCCUUUGAAAAUUGUCCCAAGCCAUUCAUCACCAGCCAAUCACACCCAUCUCACCAGUCUGCAGUAGAGAUGGGUAUCCUCUACUUGGCAGGCCAGAUCGAGGUGGCCUCUGUACAUCUGAAGCAGACUGCCAAUAUCACAGGAUGGCCCACACAUUGGUUUGCAAACCCAGCAAUGGACUUGAAUCAGCUUAAUAGCUUGAUUCUGGUGAUGGUGUUGCAUGCCAGUUAUACUCCUCCCCUCCUGGCAUGCUACCAUGCAUACCUCAGACACCAAGAUGAUGAGUGCCAUUGUCCUGCAUUGGACCCCACACACACAGCUGAUCCCAAUUCUGGCUUUGCAGUCCCUUGGUGGCUAUAUCAUUCUGAGGAAUACACAGUGGAUUCCCAAAGAUUGCAAGGCAAGGGAUUGUUUUCUGUGGCCUGGGAUUUUUUUAAGUUGAUGAUGGCCCAGGGCUUAUGGCCAUUGCCUGAGGUGCCAAUUGCAGUCCAUCUCAAUGGCCAUAUUGAGGAGCAGGUGGUGGGCAUUGCACAGGUUGUUGGGCAUGCCACUAUGGUAGAACCUGUUCUUUGGGAGGGUUUUUGCAAGCUACAACACUCAAAGAUGAGUGCUGAGGGUUGGGGGUGCUCCUGA